AUGAAGUUCCUUUGUCUGCCGGGAGGCUACUGCAACAUCACGUCAUUCACAACCCAACUAGGACCAUUUGCCGACGCGCUCCGCGCGCUUGACCCAACCGAGUUCUUCUACACUCAAGGCGAGUUCAGAGUGUAUGUCCCAGACGAACAUGCCGGGUUUUUCGGUCCUCCUCCGAACUGGACGUUUGCAAGCCCAGACGGGCCAGACCAGAUGUUGAUUAACAUGAGCGACUUCCCGAGACGCGACACGCCGGAGGACGCCAUGAACGUGGCAAAUGAUUUGGCCGGUAAACCCACAUUCUCGUGUAUGCCUGCUGUCAUGGAUCGCCUGAUAAAGAUCCUUGACAGCGAAGGCGAUAUUGAUGGAGUGAUUGGCUACUCCGAGGGUGCUCAGGUGGCUGCAUCGCUCUGUCUUGAGGAAACUAGAAGAUUGGAAGAAUUUGGCCGGACCCCUCGAUUGAAAUGCGCGGUAUUUUUCUGUGGAUGGCCUCCUAUUCACCCGGCCACUGGGAAACUUGUUUUGGCUACGGAUUACGAGCAAGAUGCCAUUACCAUUCCUACCUGCCACAUCGUCGGUGCGUCUGAUCCAUUUGUUGAUGGCUCUAUGGCGCUGUACAAUAUGUGUGAUCCGGACACUGCUGAUCUCUUUGACCAUGGAGGUGGUCAUGUCCUUCCAAGAGGAAAGAAGAUACUCGACGAGCUGGCUCCAAUUGUACGCGAUAUGAUUGCCUCCGUGUCUUGA